AUGCUGCUGACUCCAUUCACAAAGGCAGGCAUCUUGAAGCUGCUACUGACCUCCCUCCUCCUGUCCCAAGGUUCCAUGAAAUUUCACAAGAAAAUUGGGGAGACUUGCAGGACACACUUAGGAUGCUUCAGCGAGUGCUGCAUCCGUAACGAGAAGAUGCAGAAGGUUUGCACCAGGAGGAUGUUCUUCAUGCAGUGCAAUACCUGGAAGAAGCCUAAUGGAUAUUCCUGCUAUGACCACUCUGAGUGCCAGAGCAACUGUUGCGUUCCCAACAGCUCUAGAACCCAGACAUUUUGUACCCCAACGACAGUUUUCCGGCAGUGUAUACCUUGGAGAAAGAUGGAAGGAGAGCUCUGCUCUAGUCAUAAAGAAUGCCAAAGUCAAUGCUGCCUCGGCAGAUAUGAAGAUGUUUUCCAUUGCAUCCCAAAGAUAGGACUGCUCACAAAAUGUUUUUAUCUGAUGGAGGAAAACUUUGAAGUUGAUGAUGAAGUAGGAUCAAUAAAUAACCAAGAAAAUCAGCCAGGAGGAUUGCCAGUGUCCACAGGACAACAGGGAUAG